CCCUUGGCGCGGCUCCACUCGACUCGACGCGCUUCGAUUCGCUCCUCCCCUCAGCGCCGAGGCGGAGCGGGGCGGUGGCGGCGGGCGGGCGAUCGGGCGGGCUCAGCGCUCCCCCAUGGCCCUGGCGCCGGGUCAGCGGGCAGGGUAGCAGCCUCCGGCUGUCGCCGCGGGUGACUCAGAGCUGCCCGGGCAGGGCGGGCUGGAGAUGCGCCUCUCCGCCGGGCUCCGGGCAGCCGCGGGAGACUGACUGAGCCACAAAGAAGUUUCCCCGGCGGCGGCGCGGCGCUCCCCAUGCGCGCCUCCGGCCGCCGGUCCUGGAGCGCUGCUCGGCAGGCGCCCGGCACCGACCCCGCCAUGGAGCCCCGCGCGGAGCUGCACAGCAGCCCGGAGCUCAGCCGGGCCAAGCGGCUGACCGUGGGGGAGCUCUGCUCCCUCUUCGAGGCUCGCUGCGCCGCCGUCGCCGCCGCCGCCGCCCGUCAGCUGCCCGACCGGCCGAAGAGGGGCUGCCGACCCCCGAACGGGGUUCUGCCGCCCGUCAUCCCCCGGCUCACCGUCACCGCCGAGGAGAGCGAGGAGGCGCAGGGCAGCCCCCAGGCGCGGCCGCCGCGGCCGGAGGGCGGCGGGCUGAGGACGGGCAGCUCGCUGCACCUGCAGUCCCGCAGGCUGUCCAACUCCUCGGUCUCCUCCACGGGCUCCUCGUCCCUCUUGGAGGACUCGGAGGACGACGUGCUGAGCGACACGGAGUGUAGGAGCCAGGGCAUCGUGCACUUGGAGCACGGCGAGGACACCAGCCAGAAAAAGGCAUGGCAUACAAUUAAAACCAUGGUUAACUUACCAGUCAUCAGCCCCUUCAAGAAACGCUACUCGUGGGUGCAGCUGGCUGGGCAUACAGGGAGUUUCAAGGCAGCUGAUAGUGGGAAGAUUCUCAAACGCCUCUCAGAGAAUGAAAAGGAGUGUUUUGAGCGGCUGAUGAAAGACCCACUACGCUCCUGUGUCCCUUGCUUCCAUGGUGUGGUGGAGAGAGAUGGUGAGAGCUACAUCCAGCUGGAUGACUUGCUCACUGAUUUUGAAGGACCAAGUGUGAUGGACUGCAAGAUGGGGAUCAGAACAUACCUGGAGGAGGAGUUGACUAAGGCACGGGAGAAACCAAAGCUGCGUAAGGACAUGUACAAGAAAAUGAUUGAAGUGGAUCCUCUUGCUCCCACGGCUGAAGAGAAUGCCCAGCACGCUGUCACCAAGCCCCGGUACAUGCAGUGGAGAGAAACCAUCAGCUCUAGUGCCAACCUGGGCUUCAGGAUUGAAGGAAUUAAGAAGGCGGAUGGAACAUGUAAUACAAACUUCAAAACUACGAAGACACAGGAGCAAGUUCUACAGGUUUUUGUGGAAUUCAUUGAGGGCAACACAACUAUUCUGAAAAAAUACCUCAAACGUCUGCAGGAAAUUAAUGUCAUUCUUGAGUCUUCAGACUUCUUCAAGCGACAUGAGGUCGUAGGAAGUUCACUACUUUUUGUACAUGAUGGCAGUGGGAAUGCCAAUGUGUGGCUGAUCGAUUUUGGAAAGACCACCCUUCUUCCUGAUGGGCAGACACUGGAUCACAGGAUCCCCUGGCAAGAAGGCAACAGGGAGGAUGGGUACUUGUUGGGAUUGGACAAUUUGAUUGGCAUCUUGGAAAGCAUCACUGAAAGAUGAGUUGAGAAAGGCACAAAACUUGCAGGGCUUCUCUGUAACUUUGUGCUUUACUGAAGUAGAAGGAAACUCAGUUAGAAGGAAACCUUGAACUCCAGACUCCUGAGGUCAUCAGUGCAGAGGGUGCUGCAUCCAGAGCCCAGCAGUCAGUGAUCAAAGCUACUUUGCAUCAGCCCUCUGUGAAACUAAACGAAUCACUCCAGAUUGGUCUGUGUUGCACCAGAUGAACUUGAGACUGGUCCUCAGAGAAUGAAGAUCUCCAUACUCGGGAAUCACACCAGCGUGAGUCAAGAGGUUUGUGUGGUAAACCAGAGUGAUUAUGAUUUCUGGCAAAAUAGGACUCCAAAUUACUUCUUUAAGAACCAGGACAAAUGCUUGGGAACUCAGGGCAGGAAAAACAAUUCUUCAGGGAACUGCAUAGUUUUGAAACCAGAUUGGUUUUUUUUCCUCUCUAAUUCCAAGUCCUCUUGCUCUUGUGUACACUGUAGGUUGGGCCAACAACUUCUGCUGCAUUAUGUUACAGUGUGAGCAAGGUGCAAAUGGGUGUUAAUCACAAGAAACUGGGAGAAAAGAGAAACAGCAGUUUGUGGUGGCUUGAUGUGGCUAACUGCUGUUGACGAUUUCUCCCCUUUCCUACCCUAGCCUUGCUUCUAUCAAAGAACGGCCUUGCCUUUUCUGUAGCCACUCAGGAGAUUACAAAUACUCUAGGGAGAGAAUAGCAGCCUAUUGUCUCCAAAAAUGUUUGACUUUCCAACUGGGUGGGCUGUUGGAUAUGUUACUAAGUUGGAGAGUUAGGCCUUUUGCAGCUGAACUGCACCUCUCAAAAUCACUAACGAUCUUUCACAAACUGGUCAGGGAACUGAGUAUUUUUCCCAAGGCUUGUUUAUUUUUGAAGAUAAAUCCCCUAUACAUAUGCACACACUAGUAGUCAGCAACAAAUGUGAUCUCUUAAGAUCAUGGUUUGACUGUCUCCUAAUACCCGUGGCUUCUUGGCCAUGUUCCUGUUCUCAGAUAUGACACUGCCACUUGCACAUAUGAAGAGGCACAGCAACCAGGGAGGUCAUGUUUCUGCAUUCACAGCAUUACUCAGUGAGGAGAUAAUUCCCAGCCAUCCUUCCUCCAAGGUAUCAGCUGUUAACUCCAGGCAGUUUGGGUGAAGGAAUGUCAAUAUAUUACACUCUACAAUCCCCAUCUGGAAUCACAGGGUGAUCCGUGCUUCAUACUUAUGCUGUGGUCCAGGCACAGCCACUGAAAAUUCAGAUUUUAGGUUAAAAUCAAGAAAGAUUGAAUUGUUUGCUUGCAAGGGCUUCACAUACCUUCUCCGUUGGUUGCCUCUAGUCACUGGCACAGUUUUUUGCAUACUGGCAGUAUAAGUACUAUCAUUAGUCACAUGUUGAUUCACAUUCCAGGUUUUAAUAUCAGUAAUGUGGUGAUGCAGUUUUCACAAUGCGGGUAAGAGUUACGUUACCAGUUGAUGGUUAAAGCCCCUUCGACAUCCAGGGGUAGUAAUGCACACUGAUCAGAAAUUCCUGUCUUUUGCUGGUGUCCUGUGCUCAGGAGAGGUUCUGAGAAUUUUGGAUAUAUGAAGGUGACUCCACUUUUGGGAAACUGCUAUUUCAGUAAGUAAGUGAUCCCAUAAGCAAAAAUCUCCUAUAGAGUCCAGAUCUGGAAUGAAUGAAAUCUGUAAUAUUUGUAAUUUGAGUUGAACAGCUUAAAAUAAUUUCUAAAAUGAGUUUGUUUGGGUAACACACUACUCUGCUAAAAGUCAGACUUAAUUACUUUUUCAUCACCUCUCAACAAACAGGAAACUGAGCUUCAUUGAAAAUUGAAGCUCAGUUAUGAUGUAAAAGAUGACAGAGUAGAUAUUCUGUAGCAAGUAAUGACAUAUGGGAAUAUUUCAAAUUAAACCAGAAGUUGUCUGAAAUUGGUAAUUGUUUUUCCAGUUCACUGUAAAUUCAGAUGACUUCUGUGGCCUCCCAGAGUUUCUCUGUUGUAUAUUUAUGGUAGUAUAUUAAUGAAUUUUUCACUUACAAGUUUCAGAGUGUUUACAUUAGGUUUUUUUGAAGUGACAGUAAGCAUAGAUUAUAUCAUUCCAGAUGCCUCCUAACUUUUGAACUGCUAUGAGAUGACAAAUAAAUCCGUAGUGAAUUCCAUACAGUUUAAAAAAAAAAAUAUUUCUCCUUUUCUGCAGCAAACAGGUAAGCCAUUGGAUAGCAGUGCCUAAGGAAAAUAGCAGUGCUUGAGGACAAUAGCAAGUAAAAAGGUCUCACAGGCAGGACUUCAGUGACUUUGCUUUUUUUAUGAGGCUGCAAUUGCAAGCUGUCCUACCACAGUUAAUAAGAAGUGUAAAAGUUAGAAAUAAGAUUAAGAUAGAAUUUAAUUAGUGGUGUGCCUAAUUAAUCUUCAGAGUUAAAUUUAUUUCUUCUGUUACCACAUAUGUGAAUCUUUUGCACCAAUGUAACCUAUUUCCUGGAGGAGAGGAGAUCUAAACAGUAGAGGCUGGAGCUCAAAUGUCAAGUGAGAGCUUAAGACAAACUUUCAGAAUGACUGUCCAGUUCUAAAGGAGAACUGGAACAAUGUGGUAUCAGUAGCCUCAAAGAAAACAACUGUGGCUGGUUUUGCAGUACAUGAUCCUGGGAGGAAGCAUGGAGCAGGUUUGUUCUACUGCAGUAGCUGGAAAGGUUAGGGAAAAAGGAAAAUCUCUGCUAUAGCAGACAUUGAUCUGGAAACUCAUUCUAGAUGAUGAGUUCUAAGAAGUGAGUUUUGAAAUGGCUCUUUUUCUUGCUAGGGAGUUCAGAAGGCAGCAAUCACAAUCAUCUGUUGCUGUUAUGGGAAAAGAGAGAAGGAGGCAGCUUUUCAUAGCAAACUGUAAGUGUAGGACUUCAGCUGAGCACUGGAGCUCUAAGGAGCUGAGGCUGUGAGCUCUGGAGCAAACUGCUCCAGGGUAAGUUUUAGAUUGCUUGUUUCUCAUCAGGUAGCCCAGAGCACCUGUAUGGACACGCACUUGCUAAUGUGAGGAAGCAGCAUGGCCUUCUUUCACUAUGGGGUAAGUGAUGUUGAAUAAGCUUGUAUUUACCAGAGGCUCCACAUGGUCCAUGUGCACAUGUAACACAGGAAGCUGAUGCAUGGUAACCAAGGAAUUUCUUCUCAUGCAAGUUUAGAAUGUCGUUCAUUAAUGCAUCUGCUGAGAUAGUGCCUCACUCUGGAGCCACUGAGCACAUGUGAUUCCACAGCAGGGUCAGAGAUGCUGGCCUAGAGGCACUUUGGUGCUGAACAGAUGCCCUCUGACUUAGGCUGCAAGGUCUUUAAACUCACUAGUUAGAUGCACCAGUGCUGUAGCUGCUCCAUUCCUGUGUGAAUUGAGAAGUAGGACUAGGACUUCUCUCCCUCAGUUUCAUCGUUGACUUGGUUUUUUUUGGCCUUGGACAACUCUCCUAGGCAUUGUUUUGUUCCGAUUUUACAAAUGGGAAUAGACCUGCUUACCUCACGGGAAUGGUGUUGGGCUGUCCUUCAUUACAGCCUGCAGGCUGCUGUGAGAUUCUUUGGAGGAAGGUGCAAUAUAGAAAGAAAUGCACAGAGAUAGAUAAGUUUAAAAAUUAUGGGUGUUGAGGCCCACAGAGAUAUAAAUUUGGCUGAAAUUUAAACAAAGUGGUAAAACUUUAAUACCUCUAAAUUUUGUACAGGGAGGUAUUCACUUAACAUCUGAUCCAGUUCCUGUUUAAGGGAAAGAUUUCAAUGGAAGUUGGACCAAACCCUUAUAUAGCUCAGAGGGCUUUUGCUACUUUUUUAUUGCUGUUGUUAUUAUUUGUUAUUCUUAAGGUACUGAGAUCAAAUGGCCUGUAUCAUCCACAUGCAUCCGUUCUGAACACUACAAUGCAAUGCUGACGUUGACUGUAUUGGAUGAGUGUUUGUUGCUCAAGUAUACUGAUGAGAGUUUGUUACUCUGUAUGCUACUAAAUAAAUGAGACUGAAGGAAAAAAA